AUGUUCAAAUAUCAAAAAAGAGAAGCAUAAUUCUGCAAGAAUACUUCCAGAAAUUUGUUCACAAAGCUGGAUUAUUUUGCUUAGCGUCCCUAAUUCUAAGUUUUAAAAAAGACUUCAUUUAGUACAGCUUUUGGUUACUUACUCACGAUUAUGCUAUCAACGAUUUGUGUAUUCUAUCUAUAUAUAUAAAUGGAUGAACUCACAAAGUAAUCUAAUCCGUAAGUCAUCAUUUCAGAUAAUCAACCCCUAAACACUCCAGUAAUAUACUUAUCCAGAAGCAACUUCACUUUUGUAAUUAGUAUUACAAAUGCUCUCAUACAAUCUUUCGAUAAAAAUUUGAAAUAUUAUAAUCUGACUGUCAAUCAAUGUCACAGAUAAAGAAGCUAUGACGAAGUAAACAGUAAGGCGAAUGUCACAUUAGAGUGUUUUAAUUACAUGAUAGAACCAUGUAAUUUGGAGAGGCAUUUUGUAACAGAUUUGUAAAAAACUUAUUUCCAGAAGUUUAAAUUAUCAACUAUGUAUUGUCUAAAUCCUGAAUAAUGGGAUCAACGACCAAUAUAACUUUAAGGUCAUUCAUAAAGUGAUAACUUUUAAUUUAUAACGAUUAACGUAAAUCUCUGCAAAAACAGUACUUCUUACAAGGAAUGCAGCCCAAUGGAAGAAAUUUAAAAGGGACUUGUAAGUUCUUACUAUGCAAUAUAUAUGUCGGAUGUCCUAAUUAAAAUGUAAAAUCCUGGAAGACCCUACGAUGAUGUAAUCACAAUUUAAAAUACUUAAUUUUCUUACGCCAAAUCCCAACAACUGCAUUCUCUGUUUAAGAUAGCCAACACUUAAACUGAUGUUGGUUUGAUCAAUAAAGAUGUGUAAGUUGAUGAAACUAUUUUAUAAUCUGCAACAAAAGAAUACUCUGAGUCAUAUAAUGGAUACUAUUUAGCUAACAAUAUUCUAUAUUUAGAUUAAAGGGAAACCAUAUACUACAGAUCGUAUAUUAAACUGCAAACAAUUUUGGGUAAUGUCGGUGGUUUGUGGUAGAUCAUCUCUUUAGUGAUUUCAGCUUUCUUUGGACCUAUCUUAUUUACAUACAUGAAUCUAUCACUUGUAAGCAAGUUCUUCAGAAUCGAAGGCAAUCAAACUAAGAAUUUAUUUGAUAAAAAGAUAAUAAAGGAUGAUGAAAUAAAGGAGAUUAACAUGAUGGCUUCAGAUUAAUAAACUAAGAAUUUAUCAAUAAUUCAAAACAGUGAUCAAACUAAAUUAAAAUAGUAUCUUAAGAAAAAGAAGAAUCCUAUAAGUAUCUCUUUUAAGGAUGCAUUGCUGAUGCAUCUGGGAUGCUUAGGGAACAAUUAAAAAAUAUAUCGAUUUGCUAUUUAAAAGAUAAUGAUGAAAUUGGAUGUGGCAUACAUCAUUAAAAAAUUGCAUGAAAUUGAUAAACUCAAAAGUAUUUUGAUGACAAAUGAAUAGGUAAAGCUCUUUAAUUAUAUUCCUAAACCAUUAAUACCAACGGAUAUCUUUGAUAUUGGAUUUAAAAAAUAAUACACUCCUAAUUCUAAUUAAGCAGAAUCUAUCUCCAUUUUUGAAGAGGAGAAAACGGAAAUUUAAAAGUUGGAGGAUUCAUUCCAUGCUUAUUAGAAAAUUAGAUAAAAAGAUAAUCCAUCUGAUCUAGAUUAAACUAUUAUAGGCCAGAUGGAUGAAGAAAUUAAAGCCUAUUUCGAAUGUAUGAUGAAGAAAUAAAGUGGACUUAUGUAUCCUUUUUCUCCGAGAUGUGAUUCAAUACCUUAAAGUCAAAGAGAGGAGGAAAAUCUAAUAAUAAAUUAAGAACCGUAAGCAGGAAAAGUAUUAACAAGAAAGAAAUGA